GUUGUCUCUACAUAUUUCAGUUUCCACUGUGAUGUGGUACAUGAGCAUUCAUCAACACCAAGCAGUCAUUUGAGUGAAAACUUGUUGAGUGAGGACCAGGUUGGAAUUAAAUGAUUUUGUAUAACUUAAACAAUGGGUUUGUUGCUACCAUUAUUAAUAUUGUCACUAAUAAACUAAUAUCAUGCUAAAGCUCCAUGCAAAUGGAUGCAACAUUGUUUGCCAACAGCUCCCAACAUUGUUGGAUGUUACAUGUUGCGUCCAAUUGCACACCCUGUUGCAUGUUGCUGGGAAUUGUUCUUGUGUCCCUUUGCACAUAGCCUAUGUGCAAAGGGACACAACAACUGUUUGGAGUUAUUGGCCAACAAUGUUGCGCCCAUUUCGCCAGGGCUUUAAAGUUGUAAUACUUUGUACAGACACAUAGUCCACAUACUUGUAGUUAUUUUAAGCUAAGUACUCAUUUGAUCACAUUUCUUUCUUCUUUCUUUCCUACCUUUCUUCCUUCCUUCUUUCUUUCCCUUAUUCAUUCAUUCAUUCAUUUUUUGUUCGUCUGUUUGUUUUCCUGUUUGUUUGUUUGUUCGUUCAUUCAUUCAUUCAUUCAUUCAUUCAUUCAUUCAUUCAUUCAUUCAUUCAUUCAUUCAUUCAUUUAUUCAUGGUCAUUGUUUCUCCUCAGACUCUUUCUGAAUGUCUAUAAUCCUUUUUCUUUCCNCUUUGCACAUAGCCUAUGUGCAAAGGGACACAACAACUGUUUGGAGUUAUUGGCCAACAAUGUUGCGCCCAUUUCGCCAGGGCUUUAAAGUUGUAAUACUUUGUACAGACACAUAGUCCACAUACUUGUAGUUAUUUUAAGCUAAGUACUCAUUUGAUCACAUUUCUUUCUUCUUUCUUUCCUACCUUUCUUCCUUCCUUCUUUCUUUCCCUUAUUCAUUCAUUCAUUCAUUUUUUGUUCGUCUGUUUGUUUUCCUGUUUGUUUGUUUGUUCGUUCAUUCAUUCAUUCAUUCAUUCAUUCAUUCAUUCAUUCAUUCAUUCAUUCAUUCAUUCAUUCAUUUAUUCAUGGUCAUUGUUUCUCCUCAGACUCUUUCUGAAUGUCUAUAAUCCUUUUUCUUUCCAUUUUACUUUUUCUUCCUUUUUUUUCUUGUUGCCACUUUUUUCUUUCUGUGUCUGUUUUUUCUUUCUUUUUUCUUUCCUUUUCUUUUUGUCUGUUUGUUUCUUAAUUAUUUGUUUGUUUUCAAUGCUUUCUCAGGUACUCUGGUUGGAGCAACAGACUUUAAAAUCUUAUCAGUUAUAUUCUAACCUCAAUGUGCAGUUUGAUGAUCCAAGCAUCGGUUUGCAGUGGUACAUAGUAAGUUAUAGAAGUCAU